AUGUAUUGCAAAUUUCAUCCAAAAAUUUAAGUAUCUUUAAUAUGUGCAGCACCUCAUAAAUGUUAAUUCAAAAGGAAAAUGUGCGUUGAAUGCCAAUAAGAACAUGGAGUUGAAGUUAAGCAAACCAUUCUGAUGAAAAAGUUUUAUUGA